UCUUUCCUGUGGGUAAGAGCCUUUUUUCCGUGCGCACCCGCUCCCUUCUCUUUCUAGGCUCGACUGCUGGCUCUAUAUCUUUUGUACGUUUAUUACAUAUUCUAGAAGUACUGCAUUAAUCAUGAGAACGACAUUGCGUGCUGUGCGUGCUGUGUCUGCGCGGCGGGUCGGUUCGCUGGCGACCGCGAAGCCUGCGCUGCGAACAGCACCUUUUCUUGCAUCCGCGGCGGCUGGUUUCAGAGUUGAGGCCGCGACCGCGUUGCUGCAGUCCUGCGGACGUCGAAACUACUCCGCGGCCGUCACGAAGGUCGUCCGUCCGACGGCGGAGAUGUACCCCGAAAUCGUGCGGGACGCGCGGUUCGGCGAGUUGACUGCGGCCGAUGUCGAGUACUUUAAGAGUAUCCUGCCCGAGUCUGCGAUCUUGCAGGACGACCAGGAUUUGUCGGGAUACAACAUCGACUCGAUGCGCAAGUAUAACGGACAGUCGCGGCUUGUGCUGAAGCCCCGCACGACGGAGGAAGUGAGCAAGAUUAUGAAGCAUUGCGGGGAGAGGAAGUUGGCGGUCGUGCCGCAGGGUGGAAAUACUGGUCUUGUCGGUGGCUCGGUGCCUGUCUUUGACGAGAUUGUGAUUUCGCUCGCAAACAUGAACAAGAUCCGCUCGUUCGACGAGGUCUCCGGCAUCAUCGUCGUCGACGCCGGCUGCAUUCUCGAAGCCACGGACUCGUUCCUCGCCGAGCACGGCUACAUCUUCCCGCUCGAUCUCGGCGCAAAGGGAUCUUGCCACAUCGGCGGCAACGUGGCCACCAACGCAGGCGGUCUCCGUCUGCUGCGCUACGGAUCCCUGCACGGAUCCGUGCUCGGCGUCGAGGCCGUCAUGGCUGACGGGACGGUUGUCAAUGGACUCGGCAAGCUGAGAAAAGAUAAUACCGGAUACGACAUCAAGCAGCUCUUCAUCGGGUCCGAGGGAACUCUGGGCGUCAUCACCGGUGUCUCGGUCUUGUGCCCUAAACGCUCAAAGGUCGUCAACGUCGCCUUUUUUGGUCUGGAUUCGUACGAGAAAGUGCAGCAGGCGUUCGUCAAGGCGAAGAGCGAGCUGGGUGAAGUGCUUUCGGCGUUUGAAUUCAUGGACCGCGAGUCGCAGAUCCAGGUCGCGCGCUUCAGCGAGCUGCGCCGACCGCUUGAUGAGCAGCAUAACUUUUACGUCCUGGUCGAGACCUCGGGCUCGAACCGUGAGCACGACGACGAGAAGCUGCAGAAUUAUCUUGAAGGACUGAUGGAGUCUGAGAUUAUCGACGACGGCGUGGUCGCGCAGGACGAGACGCAGUUGAAAAACAUCUGGACCUGGCGCGAGGGAAUUCCCGAAUCCCUUGCGCGCACGGGCGGCGUAUACAAGUAUGACGUCUCGAUCCCGCUCGAGGAUCUGUAUCUGAUGGUUGAAGACUGCCGCGCGCGUUUGAUCGAGAAGGGCUACGAGAUUGGUACCGAGGCGUCGAAUAUCGUGUCGGUAGUCGGAUACGGCCAUUUGGGCGACGGAAACUUGCAUUUGAAUGUCGCGGUUAAGAGCUACGACAAGGCUAUUGAGAAAGUUCUCGAGCCGUGGGUUUAUGAGUGGAUCCAAAAACGCCAGGGCUCGAUCUCGGCCGAGCACGGACUCGGGUUCGCGAAGCGGCCGUUCCUCAAGUACAGCAAGGACCAGAGCAUGAUCAACCUGAUGAAACAGGUCAAGGAGAUUUACGACCCGAACGGGAUCAUGAACCCUUACAAGUACAUCUAAACGAGUGCUUUUAAAUUUUCAAAUUACUCCACAGUCGUCAUGGGAAAAAGAAAAAGUAGAUGAGGUUUUUUGGAAUGUUUGCGGGGGAUGUGUUUACGUCAAUAUAG